GACACGAAGAUGUGUUUGCUUAAGCGGAGGCAAAUGAAGGGGCUUGAGCAAGAAAGCUUGGAAACUGUAGCAAAAUCCCCUCCCCAUUUUGAAGGUUGACUUGACAAGGAAUUCAUGAUGUGAAGAUUUCAAUAAAGCCCAUAUCUCAAGCAAUUCUACACGCCAAAAAGGAAGUUGUCGUCGAUAGAGCGUGAUUACGCUUUGUUUGUUUAUCAGAAACGUUCAUUCUUUGUCUCGGAAUGUCUCAGAUACUUCCGAACCGUGACUGCAUCUGCAGCAGAUUGAUGAACCCCCGCUAUUUACUGACGACGACGGAAUCCCACUACAAUCGACAUCCAUUCAAUUCAUCCUGUUCUCAAUUAAUUACAAAUGAGUACCAGAACAUAUCGUUUCAUUCACAAUACUAUGGAUUUAGCUUCACAGAAUGAGGAAAUAGUCACAGCAACGGAAGGUGCACUACGAUACGAGAUCAAAAGUGAUAACGAUAUCGGGAAGCUCAGCUUAUCGCAGUUUCCCGACGAGUUGAUCCUCGAAAUUCUAUCAUAUCUAGACGUCAAUGACUUGCUAAUUGCUUCACGAGUAAGUUGUAAUCUUUAUCUAUUCAAUACAAACCUCCUCAAACUAUCAUUCCUCAUUUCGCCUUGAAUAGUCAUUAAUAAGUGUGCCCCCAGCUAUCUCAUCACCUACGAACCCUUUCCCUCGAUCCCCUUCUCCAUGCACAGCGUCUUCAUGAUGCAUCCAACACCUUGUCUCGCCAUCUUUCCCAUCGAGCUCCUCUUACAGAUCUUAUGAGUCAACGAAUAUACAUCACCCGGACUUCCCUUGCUGCCCGAAGUUUGGGGAGGAAUCUUAUCAAGAUAAAAUUGAAUAGGCAACUUGGGCAAAGACCUUCGAUCGAGACGUUGGUGGAGAAAAAUGUAUUGCCGAAAGAAUGCUAUGGAUACGGGAAAGGGAAAGUGGCACCUGGGCUAGUAGGGCUCAAGAGAAAGGUAGAGAGGGAAAGGGUUAAAGAUGGACUGAGGGCGUGGGUGGAUGGAUGGAGGGGGAGGGUGGGGGAAAAGGAGAGAGAGAUUGAGGGGACGAGAGAAGGGAAGGUGGAAGUAAGGUGGUUAGUUAGGAGGUUUGCUGGAAGGGAUGUGGAUAGAGGCGAGGGAACUGCAGGGAGAGGGCCGUGGGGUAAGAAGGUUGAGCGAAGGGAAAUUCCAGCGAGGGCGAAGGUUCUGGGGCUGAGGAGAUUUUGGGAGAAGGUUGGGAGAGAAGGUAUGGGAGUUACUGGGAAUGGUCUAGGUACUAAUUGAGGAACUCUUUUUCAGGCUGCGGGCUACUUAUUUCCAUCGUUUAUAUAAUACGAAUUAUAAAGGGCUUUUAUCUGGAAGGGCUUGAGGCGGCUUUUUAUUAAAUGCAUUUGAAUAGGAUCUGAUAUCUAGAAUUUCGCUCUCGAAGCUUAUUCCUAACAAAACUUCCGGGUGGGGUGGCUGCUACGCUUCCCUUGACCCCCUUCGAGCACAUAAUAUUUCAAGUGAGAUACAUUAAAAACGAGCAAGUUUCCUAUUCUGAAGGAGUGGUUUCGUAUGUCAGGACACGAGAGUAUUUAUUCUUUUAAUGACAAGGACAACAGAUGGGUAGGCAGCUAAUAAUAUCUUACUAUUGCCUUUAGUACGAAAUUGUGACAACA